CCCAUGCAAUAGGAAAGCUUUGAGCUUCUAGUUAAUAUUAAUUUUUUUAUUUACCUACUAUUAUAACAUUUUCGUUUUCCUUUUUCACCUUUAUCAUGCAUUUAAUGAAGGAGAUAUCACGAAAAAUAUUCUGCAGAUCACUUUUUCACACCCUCCCAUGCAAUAGGAAAGCUUUCAGCUUCUUAAUGAAAGAUGCAUUUAAUGUAGGAAAAUUUAAAGUUACUUGCACACUCCACGUAUUGACACCUUUUCCCUACUUAAUUUAUGACAUGCAUUAAAUGCUCAAUCCUUCCUUAAACACAAUAAUCUGUACUGGUCAUUUGUUGUGCUUCAUCUUCUUUGAUUUAAUUGCUUCUACCUUAAACAAUUCAACUUUCGAACUUUCAACUUUUGCAUUAGUUGUGCUUCUUCUCACUAGACGUCCACUUUCAUGACUAUUUCUUUCAUUCAUGUGCAUUAAAGAAGCUUUUAAAGGCAUUGUUUGGUAGUUGGUCAUUGGUCAGAAGCACAACAACAACAUUAAACGAGGAGUAAAUUCAUUGAAGUCCUUCAACUGUAAUACAUUAAAGGGUUGGACAGUUGGACAGUUGGACAGUUGUCCAGAGAACAUGACUGUGCUUGGUGAAAGCAAUGAGGAAUUUUUUACCGUACAUGAUAGUUGUUUGGAGUUGGUUCCUACUUUGAACAUGUGUUUUGACACUAUGGAAGAAGCAAAGAAAUUUUAUUCUGACUAUGAAAAAAGAUGUGGUUUUGGUGUUUGAACAAGAACUUCUAAAAAGGACGACAAUAACGAAGUGUACUACUUGAGAUUGAUAUGUUCAAGGGAAGGUAAAUAUGUUUCUAACAUUCGUCCAGAAGUGAAAACUCUGCCUAGUCAGACUAAUCAAUGCCCUGCUGGAAUAAUAAUUGCUUGAAAAGAUGACAAAUGGGUUGUAAGGACUGUAGUUGUAGAGCACAAUCAUGAGCUUUGUCCACAAACCUCGAAUCUAAUCUGUGCCAAUAGAAAAUUAAACAUGCAUGCGAAGCACGCAUUAGAAGUUAACGAUGAUGCCAGUGUACGUAUUAACAAGAGUUUCCUUAACAUGGUUGGUGAAGCUGGUGGAUAUGAAAAUAUGCAAUUUAUGGAGAGAGAUGCUAGGAACUUCAUUGGUCAACAUAGAAGGUCAAUUUGUAAGGAGGGGGAUGGUCAAGCGCUGCUAUGUCACUUUUCAAAAAUGAGAGACCUCAAUAAUGAUUUCUUCUAUGACCUAGAAAUGGAUGAAGGAAAUAUAAUUACUAGUCUAUUUUAGGCGAACACUAAAAGCCGAGCUGCUUGUGAGGAAUUCGAUGACGUGGUGUCUUUUGAUACCACUUAUUUAACAAAAAAAUAUGAUAUGCCAUUUGCUCCAUUUGUGGGAGUAAACCAUCAUGGACAAUCCAUCCUACUUGGUUGUGGAUUACUCUCAUUAGAGGACACUAGGUCAUUUGUGUGGUUAUUCCAAAGUUGGUUAAGAUGCAUAGGCAACAAGGCACCAGACAGUAUUGUAACUAACCAAUGUAGGGCCAUGGCUAAUGCAAUUGAAGAAGUCUUCCCCACAACAAAGCAUAGGUGGUGUUUGUGGCACAUAAUAAAAAAUAUACUUGAAAAAUAACAAUGGUAUAAAAAUUAUGUUGGUAUCAAAAGUGAUAUCAAAGUGCUUGUCUAUGACUGCUGUUCUACAACAAACUUUGAAAUCGGUUGGAAAGAACUACUUAGAAAACACAACUUAGAAAAUAAUGAAUGGUUAUGUAAUUUGUACGACGAGAGACACAAGUGGGUGCCUUGCUACUUGAAGAAUCAUUUUUGGGCUGGUAUGUCCAUAAAUUAGUGAAGUGAGGGAAUGAAUGGAUUCUUUGAUGGAUUCCUCAAUUCCAGUAUGACACUUCAACAAUUUGUGGUUCAAUACGAUAAUGCUCUUAAAUUCAAAGCCCAAAAAGAAAUAGAAGCCAACUUCUCUUCCCUCAAUACCAAGGUUGCAUGUGGGUCUCAAUCACCUAUUGAAAGACAAUUUCAAGUUGAGUACACACAUGCAAAAUUUGAGGAAGUACAGAUUGAGUUUCAGUCCAGGAUGAAUUGUUUCAUCAAAGAAGAGUGCAUGUGGGAUGGAAUAUGUGCUGCCAAAUAUUACCAUGUUGAAUUUGAUCCUCUUACAAAUGAUACAAGAUGUUAUUGCCUACUCUUUGAGUUUAAAGGUAUCAUUUGUCGGCAUUGCCUAUUGGUUCUCGGUCAGGAAGAUGUACAAAAUGUCCCCUCCAAAUUUGUUCUUUGCCGUUGGAGCAAAAAUAUCCGAAGAAAGCACACACUGAUUAGAGCAACUUAUAGUUCUUUGCAUCAGGAACCCAAGAUGCAAAGAUACCAAUCGUUGUGUAAGCGAUUUUAUGACAUAGCUGAGGCUGCAUGUGAAUCUGAAUCUGCAUCUCAUGAAUUUGAAAAAGAAUUGAAUUGUCUUGGUAAAAAGUUUGGAGUCACUUCAUCAUUACGGAAUAACAUAAUAAGUGAGGGAGGACAACUCAGGUAUGACAAUCCCUUGACCGAUACUCCAUCGUACACCGCAUGUGGAAGUAGUGAUGUACUUGUUCGCAGUCCCGUAGUGGUGAAGCGUAAAGGUCGACCAAGAACUAACAGGUUGAAGUCAAGUGUUGAAACAUUAAGUAGAAAAGGGAAAACCGCUUCAAGGAAACAUGCUUCAACAACAAUGCUUCAACAAAAUGAAACAACAUGUAGUGUUACACAAUCUGAAGAGGUCCUUUGUUAUUCAACCGAAACGCAAGAAGUUUCACAACUAUCUGAAAUGGCUUCACUUGGGUUUAUGUCAUUGUUAUCUACUGUUCAUAAUAAUUUUGAUAACUCACAAUGUUGAUGUAUGUUAUUAUUAGAUGAUCUCUUAUUUCGUUAUAUUUUUCAAAACUGUUGUGCACAAUGUUGACAGGUUAAUCUUUGGAACUAGAUGAUAUGACAUUAACUGCUUUGGUAAUCGAUUACAAUGACAAUUGUAAUCAAUUAUAGUAGCAUGUCAGCCAACAGAUGUUGUGGCGCUACAUCCACGUUUAAUAACCUCCAUCAUUUCUGUAAUAACUUCCCUGCACCCAGGUUUAAUAGCACGUCCACCCAAACAGUUUCCUGCCUCACCCACUACCCCAUUGUUAUUAAAUACCGUUGUAACCCAUUUCCCCAAUGAAAACGUUCAUGAUGCCUAACACAUAUAACCUCCAAUCCCCUUUGAAAACCCUAAACACCACUAAUGGCAGAUCAUGCUCACAAGAAACUUAGGGCUUCCUCUUCCACAGGGGGACGUCAAAGUCACCCACCACCAUCCCCUCCAUUGUCGCCACCAUUAACAAGUAACGAACUGUUCUCCAACAACGAGCAAUAUGAAAGGUUCUCUGCACAUUUCUUUGAACGUCCAAUCAUUGAAAGGAAGUAUCUUGACGACGUGUUUUUCGAACCAGGGGAAUUCAAAUUCUACGACAUUUUGACAAAGGCUGGGCUAAAUGAUUUUGUUGCUUAUAGACGCCACUACUACCCCGAAUUAGUUCGAGUUUUCUCCAACAAUAUGCGUAUAUCAGAAUCUGGAGUAAUUCGAACCGAGGUUAAGAAGUUCAAAAUCACUAUCAAACCUUCUCUUUUUAAUAAACUAACUUCCAUUCCUUGCGUUGGUGUUCGUUUUGAAGGAAAUCUUGUUGACGAGUGGAAGGAGGAAUACAAUUCUGUUACUGCUAGGCAAUUGAUUUGUAAACCAGGUCCAAGUCCAAUCAAUAGAGGUAGAUUAUUGGCUGGGCGUAUGAAGUUUGAAUGUAGGAUACUUCAUUAUGUACUUUGUCGGAUCUUACUUCCUCGCUCAACGAAUGUUGCAUAGGCAACGAAGGAGGACAUUAUGUUGAUGUGGGUGCUGAUGAAUUCUGUUGAGAUUAACUGGGGCCAUAUCAUUCGAAAUAGGAUGAAAAAGGGCUACAAGGGACAACGCCAACUCCCAUAUCCACAUCUAAUUACCACAUUCAUGGAACACUUUGGUGUCCCUACACAAAGUGAUCCUUUAACCCAAGUCAACGAUAAACAGAGGAUUGGUUUCGAUGUUUUAACAUUAAUAGGUUAUGAAAAAAAUGCUGAAGGAAUAUGGUUUUACAAAGAUGACGUUGACAAUGCAGAAGAAGAAGGUAAUGAAGACCCACAGGUUGGUAAUGAAGAACACGAAGAAAGACAACCGUCUCCAAUUCCAGAUCAAUCCUCUUCUACCACAUUAAGUGAAGUAAUCACACAAAUACAAGAUCUCCGCAUGUUCUUGAGCGAUAGAUUAGACACAAUUGAAAGUCGAGUUGGAAGUGUGGAGGAACAACUUAUUAACUUCCGCAACGAAUUUGAUCGACAAUCGGCUUCUUAGAUUAAAUUUCAUUCUUGGGUGUUAUGUAACUUUUCUUUUCAGAACUUGUUGUUUCGUCAACUUUUGUUAAGUCUAUAUAUUAAUGUAUGUGGCUUUUAUUAUUGUUAUCACUUCUCACAUUACUCAAUAAACUUCAUUACGACUUUUUACGUGUGUUUCAUAUUGAAGAACCAACAUAUAGUUUUCAAAAGACUAUCUUAACGAAUAUGCAAUCAGGCUUAACCAAGACAAA